UUGCAGAUCCCCGACUUCGAUGAGUUCGAAGAGAUGCAGAUCGAGCAGCGUUGCAGUGAGCCACCUCCCCGAAAGGAUGGUCGGCAUUCCGACCGCCACCUCGGCAAGAUGAGAGCGGCCAGGGAUAAGAGGAUUAAGGACAACUUGCGGCAGCAGCUGAAGGCGAGCGACUUCGUGCUCGCGUCGAGGGCGGUGUUCGUGAAGCUGAAGGCGAAGGUGAGCAUGGGCGUCAGGCAGAACCGCAUGCAGACGGUGGCCUGCGCAGUGGCACAGCAUCGACAACGUCGGGCAGUCGAGCACUGCAUCGAGAGGGCCGCGGAUGCCCUCGGCGUCGGUGGCCGAAGGGUGCACUUGUCUUUCGGGCACAUGUGGGACGAAGUGGAGGUCAAGCAGGCGUGGCGCCCAUCGGCCAAGUACCGCAUGCUGCGGAAAAACGUGUCCAUGCCAACGCUCGUACAACGAGGCACCGUCGGCCUCGCCCUCGCCGACCUCAAUCGGGGCAAGUUCAAGCAGCAUCAGAGCUACUGGCUGGCGCAGCCGAUCGAAGUCCACGGCACGAAGGCCAGGGACCUUCUGCCAGGGAUCGUGAAGGGGUCGCCGACCAACUUCAACGUCAACGACACCGAGACGAUAACCGAGACACUCUCCAAGGUAUCGAGCCUGACGGUCAUGCCGAUGUGCGACAGGGCCAGCGCCAACGUGAGUAUCCUCAAGCAGUUGGGCAGCACCGUCGAGAAGCUGAGCACUGAGCUCGGGGAGACUGGCCACAAGCUACUUUUCUGGGCAGACACGUGUGGCAUCCAUGCCCACCAUCGCGGCAAGUUGAAGUUACGGGGCUUACGUGGGCACACAAUGCGGCAUUAUUCAAUUGCCUCGAUGUCCAGAUACCGAGGGAACCUGUCCCGCUCUAUCAGGGGCAUCGAGAAGAUCGUCGAAGCUAAGCUUCAUCGCGAUGUUGGCCAGGCGCCUCCCUGCCCUUACACGCUGGAACAGGUUGCGGACAUCUUCUACGAUUUAGGUGCUGAACGUCAUCAGCGACCACGCAAGGAUGGCAGUCAGGGUGGCGAGUCGCAGCUCAUCACAGACCUGAAGGAGUUGAUGGCCAUGGCCAACGGGGACCUUACCGCUGAUAGGUGGGUCCACCACUGCUGGGACGGCGAGCGCAACCGCCCGUGCUGCAAGACGAGGGCCGAGGCAGUGGAGAAGAUAGUAGGGCUCGAUUGCUUCGUGGACACAAUACCUGAGGGCGAACUUGACGGCUUGGACGGGCAGCAGAUCGGCGUCGAACAGGAGGGCACGGACGCGUUCUUCAAGCACAUCAUCCGCGUGCGCACCAAAAAGGUGAGGGAUUAUUACGCAGACGACCUGAACAUGCAGCAGCUGAUCGUAUUUACUGCCAUCCUCGAAGCCGCGGAUGGCAACUUGCUGUACCCUCUCCUCGGCGACGCGAUUGAGGACAAGGCCGAAGAUAUGAGCAAAUUGGAUAAGCUCUUGGACGAGGACUCUGUCAUCGCCAAGUUCAGCCAAGACAUGGUAAACCUCAUAGACACCUGGAACAAUGGAGAUUCAUCGAGGCGGCCUCUCAUGCUGCUGGAUAUAAUCAACGCGCCAUUGACCGACCAAGGCUUCUCCAGAUGGGCCAGGGGACAGAUGCUCAAGAUCAACUCGGUCAUGGCGCGCAGAUACGAGAGUCGAUUCAGCGCGUGGCCCUAUAGGCUCUACCCUCUGUCGCACGGCCGCUCCACGGACGCCGACAGGCAAAGGGUCGCGCGCGAAACGUUGGGUGCUCCGGACCACAUGAUCGACACCUACACCAGAGGGAUCCGCAAACUCUUUAGCACCGACGCCGCCUUGACAUCGCUAGAGUGCCAGAUGGUUUUGGCAGCCGAUUUUAGAGCGCACUGCUACGGGACGGACAUGAUAGAGAGGCUGAACUCCUUGUACACAGCUCGCCAUCCAGUGCGAGCUCCAGGCAGGAACUCCAUCAACGCUGAGCGGGAGCACUUCCUCGACCAGCUCAAAGCGGUUCACGUGAGCAGCGGUGGCGACGACCCUCUUACCCCUUCUCGUCUGGACAGUGUGUCGGCGGACGAGACCGUGUCGUGCUUGCCUCUCUUGGAGGGCGCUUCUUUCGGAUCGGUGCCAGCGGUGCCAGUUCUCCCAGCGAUUGAAGGCCCCCCUGGGCCCAUGGCGAUCGAGGACGCACCAGCGCUGGCGGACGAACGUGCCAUCGUCGUGGCAGCACCUGCAGCAGAACAACAUCAGUUCGAGGAUGCCAUCGUCACUCGCAUCCCGAACCCGAACCAGCUGCCAGGCGCCGCCGAGGCCAGUCGGCAGGACGAUCGCCAUGGCAUCAAACGGGGGCUUAGCGUUUACAUGCUGGGGCAAAACAAAUACCUCGAGGAUGCGAAGAAGGCGAAAGGGCGCAACCUGACACCUGACGAGGUCACGCAGCACAGAAAACAGUUUCAGGAGAUGUUCGCAGAGGGCGACCAGGAUGUCUACCAGGAAGCUUACCAGGAGUGGCAGCACAGCAGCGCGGCAGCACAGCCAGACGUACGAGAACAGCCGUAUGCACAAUGGUGGGGCGGGGGGAGCCGUGCGAGCCCUUUUACGCCUGCUGAGCUCUGUCAGUACAUCGACCAGCACGGGUGGCCGAAAGACCGAGAGGUGUACGACGCGGACCUUACUGCAAAGAAGGUCGACUCGGACCGCAAGACCAACUUCGAGGAUACCGACGGGUUCGACCCUUGGGGGAUUUCGCGUUCGGCGAGAAACGCCGACAAACGUGCGUCAAGGGUGCCAGCCGCCUUUGACGUCGUGGAGAAGGGGAUCUUCAAUUUCCUUGUCUCUAUCAAUGCUGGUAAGGGCGACGACGACGCCUCGGACGUGCUGCUCGUCAUUGCAGGGCGAGCUGCGCACGGAGGAGGCCACAAGCGCGUGGCGAGCCUGGUCACCGACAUCACCUUUAGCCCGCAGGUGUUCGACGUGACGUUGAACGAGUUCGAGCGGGCUGCCGACGCG